AUGGAUCUGAAGGACAGCGCCAGCGAGGGCAGCAUGGGCAGCCUGCAGCCUUCCAGCAUCCAGAUUUUUGCCAACACCACCACGCUCCAUGGGAUCCGUCACGUCUUCGUCUACGGGCCGGUGACCAUCCGGCGCCUGCUCUGGACCUUGGCCUUUGUGGGCUCUCUGGGUCUCCUCCUGGUGGAGAGCUCGGACAGGGUGGCCUUUUACUUCUCCUACCAGCAUGUGACCAAAGUGGACGAGGUGGUGGCGAACAGCCUGGUGUUCCCUGCUGUCACCAUCUGUAACCUCAACGAGUUCCGCUUCUCCCGGCUCACCACCAAUGACCUGUACCACGCUGGGGAGCUCCUGGCUCUGCUGGACGUCAACCUGCAGAUCCCCAACCCUCACUUGGCUGACCCUGCUGUCUUAGCCAUCCUCCAAGAAAAGGCCAACUUUAAGCAGUAUAAACCCAAAGUUUUCAGCAUGCAGGAGUUCCUGGCACGGGUUGGUCAUGACCUAAAGGAUAUGAUGUUGUACUGCAAGUUCAGGGGGCAGGAGUGCAACCACAAGGACUUCAAAACUGUGUUUACAAAAUAUGGGAAAUGCUACAUGUUUAACUCAGGAGAGGAGGGGCGGCCUCUCCUCACCACGGUGAAGGGGGGAACAGGGAAUGGCCUGGAAAUCAUGCUGGACAUUCAGCAGGACGAGUAUCUGCCUAUCUGGGGAGAAACAGAGGAGACGACGUUCGAGGCUGGAGUCAAAGUGCAGAUCCACAGCCAGUCCGAGCCUCCCUUUGUCCAGGAGCUGGGAUUUGGGGUGGCCCCCGGAUUCCAGACCUUUGUGGCCACCCAGGAGCAAAGGCUGACGUACCUGCCCCCGCCGUGGGGCGAGUGCCGCUCCCCGGAGCUGGGCCUGGCGUUUUUCCCGGUGUACAGCAUCACAGCCUGCAGGAUCGACUGCGAGACUCGCUACAUCGUGGAGAACUGCAACUGCAGGAUGGUGCACAUGCCAGGGGAUGCUCCCUUCUGCACCCCGGAGCAGUACAAGGAAUGCGCAGAGCCCGCGCUCAGUCUCCUGGCAGAGAAGGACAGCAAUUACUGCAUCUGCAGGACCCCCUGUAACCUCACCAGGUACAACAAGGAGCUCUCCAUGGUCAAGAUCCCCAGCAAGACCUCGGCCAAGUACCUGGAGAAGAAGUUCAACAAGUCAGAAAAAUAUAUCUCAGAGAAUAUUCUCGUGCUGGACAUUUUUUUUGAAGCACUCAACUACGAGACCAUUGAGCAGAAGAAAGCCUAUGAAGUUGCAGCCUUACUUGGUGACAUUGGUGGCCAGAUGGGGCUGUUCAUCGGGGCCAGCAUCCUCACCAUCCUUGAGCUCUUCGAUUACCUGUACGAGCUGAUCAAGGAAAAAUUACUGGACCUUCUUGGAAAAGAGGAAGAGGACGGGAGCCAUGACGAGAACGUGAGCACCUGUGAUCCAGUGCCAAACCACUCGGAGAGCCUGAGCCACACUGUGACCGUGCCCCUGCAGGCCCCGCUGGGGACACUGGAGGAAAUCGCCUGCUGACCCCUCCCACCACAGUGCCCACCCCGAGGAAGGAAAACUGCACAGGGAAAACAGGGACCCAGCUCAGGUUUGCACUGGGGGGAAAAA